AUGGCUCCUCACAACAUUUCUUUUACCCAUUUACCGCUACUUCCCCAGAUUGUACAUCCGGAGUCCGGGGUGGUUUUGGGCAGCAACGAUGUAACCUACUUGGCAGAUGGCUCAGCAAAUACUUUCAGAGUGGCAUUUAAGGAGCCUAUCCCCCUGAAUCCACAUGUCAACUACCUCGCCAGCGCAACCAUCAAGGGUCAGGACACUUACUAUGGUACUAGAGGACUGCGCGAGAUUGUCCAUGAGUGCACUUCCGCUGGCAAGGUCACCUUCCGCUUCUCUUACGCGGCCUGCACGAACAACGGUACCUCGGUGGAGGACGGCCAGAUUCCCGAGAUUAUAUUUUUUGUCUAG